AUGGCCCUUCCGGCCCUCCGCUGCACCAUCCGCGGCGGCACGCUCGUCACCCCGUCGGGCACGCGACGCGCCGACCUCGGCAUCGGCGACGACGGCAGGAUCGCAGCGAUCGAGCCGUCGCUGCCUGCCGGAAGGGAGGACAUCGACGCGACCGACCUCUUCUUGCUGCCUGGCGGUGUCGACUCGCACUGCCACAUCGAGCAAAGGACUUCCAGCGGCCUCACUCCGGUCGACGACUUUUACUCGGCCAGCGUCAGCGCCCUCGCCGGCGGUACCACGACCGUCGUGCCGUUUGCGUGCCAGCACCGCGGCAAGCGGAUCCGCGACGUCGUCGCCGACUACCGAGCGGUUGCGGCUAAGGCUGCAGUCGACUAUGCCUUCCACGUCAUCGUGACUGACCCGAGCGAGACGCACGCGAUCGAUGACCUGCAGGCCUGCUUCGCGCAUGGAUGCUCCUCGGUCAAGGUUUACAUGACCUACGACGCGCUGAAGCUCAACGACACGGAGAUGCUGGACGUGCUCGAGCUCUGCAGGCGGCACGCGGCGAUGGUGAUGGUGCACGCCGAGUCCCACGACCUCAUCGCGUGGAUCACGAGCCGGCUGCUCAACGCCGGCAGGAUCGCCGCAAAGUUCCACGCUGUCGCGCGGCCCGCCAUCGCCGAGCGAGAGGCGACGCACCGCGCCAUCUCCUUUGCCGAGUUCAUCGGCACGCCCCUCCUCGUCGUCCACGUGUCAGGGCGCGAGGCGGCCGACGAGAUCGCUCGCGCGCGCCACCGCGGAGUGCCCAUCUACGGCGAGACUUGCCCGCAGUACCUCACUCUCACGCUGCGCUGCCUGUGCGCGCCUUUGGACGGCAGCAAGUUCCUCUGCUCGCCGCCGCUGCGCACCGAGGCCGACCAGGAGGCGCUCUGGGAAGCGCUGCGGCGCGGCGACCUACAGGUGAUCAGCAGCGACCACUCGGCUUACAACUUUGCGGGCGGCGGCGACGCCUCCAAGACGGCGGGUGGGGCGAGCACGCCCUUCAGCAAGGUGCCGAUGGGGCUGCCCGGCCUCGAGUGCCGCAUGCCGCUGCUCGUGUCGGGCUACCUGCACGGGCGGCUCGACAGCCUGCAGCAGGUGGCGCGCCUCGGCUGCGAGAUGCCGGCGCGCCUCUACGGGCUAUACCCGCGCAAGGGCGUGCUCGAGGUCGGAUCGGACGCGGACGUGGUGCUGUGGGAUUUGGAAGCGAGGGGCAAGAUCACAAAAGAGGCGCUCCACGACGAGCUCGACUACACGCCGUUCGAGGGGAUGGUGGUGCGCGGAGAGGUCCGCCGCACGAUCCUGCGCGGCCGCACUGUCUUUGAG